AUGGACGCAUGUCAUCUUCUUCUUGGUCGACCUUGGCAAUACGACAAGGACGCGACUCACCGUGGCAAAACUAAUACCUAUAGUUUUGAAUUUAAGGGUCGCACAAUUACGUUGCUUCCAUCUCUGGAACCGUCGGCAGUGGACGAGUUACCGGCAACAAGUACUUCAUCACCGACAUCUGCAACACCAGCUCGCACUCUUCUCACUCUUCCCAAGGCGGAAUUCGAAAAACACUUACGCGAGACUGACGUGGUAUGGGCACUGGUCGCUUCUCCUGUGAUAUCGGACCCGAGUAGCGUGGUCCCUAAGGCAUUUGACUCUUUGCUAGACAGCUUUGCCGAUGUCUUUCUGAGUGAUCUUCCCACCGGUCUCCCUCCUUUGCGCGAUAUUCAACACCACAUUGAUCUCAUGCCCAAUGCUACGCUUCCAAAUCGACCUCAUUAUCGGAUGAGCCCUCAAGAACAUGAUGAGUUGCGUCGUCAGGUCGAGGAGCUUCUAGCUAAGGGUCACCUACAAAGUUGA